ACCAAGUCAUCUUUUAAGUUCUCAUUAAGAUUUUGAAGUCAUCGAGAAUAUGGAAGAUUGGGAAAAAAUGAACUUGCCGAAUGAGCUAAUACAGGGCAGAGAGCUGACCAAGCAACUCCAACGCCAACUCCAUUUAGCUGUUUCAUCAUCUUCUUCUUCAUCACACGAACAAACCCAAGAAAUGCUCAUUCGCGGGAUCCUAACCUCAUAUGAUGAGGCGCUGUCCAUGCUCAAUGCGGAGCCCCCGGUUGGAGGGUGCCCGCGCCGGUUGUCUGUGUCGCCCCCUUCACUCGGUGGGAACCCGAUGAGCAGAGGAGACUCAGACCGGAAUCUUGAUGAUGGUUCUACUCCUAGGAAGAGAAAGGCGAUGCAGAAGUGGACAGAGCGGGUCCGAGCCCCAACACCUGACGAUGGGUUCAGUUGGAGGAAGUACGGUCAAAAGGAAAUUCUUGGAGCCAAGUAUCCUAGGUGAGUUUAGAGUCGAUCAGUUCUCUAAUUCUCAAUUGUUGAUGAUGGUUUUAAUUAGUG